AUGACGUACUUCAGGGCCAACUUGCAAGCCCUCUACUACUUCACGGAGGCCAAGCGCAGAGCCGAGAGGACUUCGAAAAAAGAACGUGUCAACCGGAGGAACCUCCGUGCGGUGCGUGAAUACGUGGACGUCGUGGUGCGGCGCCUUCGCAACGACGUGCUGCUGGAAGAUGUGGGGACGGCAGAACUGCGCAGCACGGGCGACCGCUGCGGAUGGAAGCUGCGAGAUGGCACCAUCCGGGGCCUGGACCACAUCAGCCAUGACGGCAAGCCCUGGCUGAUCCAGGUGCCGCACUGCGAAGGCGACGUCGGCACAACGGCGCCGCAGCGCUACGACGUGGCUGCCACGGUACUUGUGCGCGACUGCGACUUCGAGGCCGUGUACUACUACGCGGGCACCGGGCAACAGGUCUCGGGCAAGGUAUCCGGAAAAGUGGAGAUCGUGCGCCUGGACGUGGUCAUUGCCCACCCAGAGGGGCCAGGUGGCACGCCUGAAGUGAAGGUGUUCGAGGCAAAGGAAUUCACAGGCCUGACACUUGCCAAGGGGAACAUUGGCAUACUUCAUCAGAAGCUCAUCACGGAAGUCACCGCGGAGGCUGUGCGCAGCUGCGUUGCACAAGCGAUGACCUCACGUAUAGCACCCCUUCUGACCACUGUGCUCAAGGGCAUCGCUUAUCCAGAAUUCACCAACAUGCAGUCAUAAAAUAAAUGCAUGUGCUCUGGAAAAGUGCCUGACGACUACGGUCUAAGCAGUCUAAGCUCACAAAACUAACGAGGAAAUGGUACUGUUAUUAUGUGAACGCCAAAGUGCGAAAUCUUCUUUUCAUAAGAUGGCUUCCACACACACUCUGUACUCCAGUUCUGAAGAAAUAAAGAUGUUUUGAUUGUUCGCACAGU